AUGGGGAAGAAGAGGCCGCCGCGCGAUCCGAACGCGCCGCCGCCGGUGAUGAAGGACCAGGGCGGCCUCGCCGCGGUCGCGCGCGCGCAGGCGGCAUUGAUGCGCGAGAGAGAGGCGAUCUCGGCGGACGACGCGCCGACGGCGAUGGAUACGGACGCCGGGGCGCCUAAGAAGGACAAGAAGGACAAGAAGGACAAGAAGGACAAGAAGGAUAAGAAGGAUAAGAAGGAUAAGAAGGAUAAGAAGGAUAAGAAGGACUCCAAGAAGGACUCCAAGAAGGACUCCAAGAAGGAGAAGAAGGAGAAGAAGGACGAAGCGCGGAAGCCGCCGCCCGCGACGACGACGACGACCGCGCCGAAGAAAUCAGCCAAGCGCGCGUACGUCGAGGGUCUCGCGUCGUCCUCGUCCUCGUCCUCCUCCUCCUCCGACUCCGAAGAAGGCUGGGACGCCGAGACGAGGGCGAAGUACGACCCGAAGCGCUUCGAGGGCAUGACCAACGAAGAGGUCGUCGCGGAGUUCCUCAAGGGCACGGAGCACCUCGACGGCGGCGAGGAAGAGGACGAGCGCAUCAUCGCGGGAUAUAAAAAAUUCGAGUCGGAAGCCAUGGACGCGCAUCUCAAGAAGUACGGCCGACCGCUGCAGUCGUCCGACGCGCUCCACGCGCAGCUCUCCGUCUCCAACGCGGUGCCGUUCAUCACGCGCCCGACCGCGAAGAAGUGCAUCGAGCUCGCGAUCGAGGAGACGCUGUUUCGCGAGUGCGGCGCGGUGGCGGCGCGCGCGGCGGCGUGCUGUAAAGACGUCGUCGUCAAACACGCGCAGCAGAUGGGCGCGAAAGGGAGCGAUCUCGUGAAUAACGACCCGAUCGCGCUCGCGGACGAGAUGCGCAUGCGACGGGCGGGAGACGAGGUCGCCGCGGAGUACGGCGCGUGUCGGUUAUGGGACAUCGUCUGCAAGCACAACGCGCUCGCGUUCGGCCGCGUGCGCGUCGCGCUCGACGACGUGGACGAGGACCUCAAGAAAAAGAAGGCGGAGGCGGCGAGAAAGAAAAAAGAGGACCAGAUGAAAAAUUCCCCGGCGCUCGCGCUCGGGAUCUCCUUCGCGGAUUACUACAAAGCCACGAUGGCGCACGAGUACGCGGAGGACAUCGAAACCAUGCGCGCGGAGGCAAGAAAAAACGACGCCGGGAAGAUGACCGAGGCGGAGCUCAUCGAGCGAGAACGCGGCGACGUCGCGAUGCUCACGCGGGCGCUCCUCGCCGGCGCCGAUCUCAUCCCGGACGUGCAGCAGGAGCUCGCGCUGCAGUUCGCGACGAUCGAGGAGCUCAAGAUGCUCAAGCUCGUCGGCGGGAGCGACGACGAGAAGGAGGAGGAGGAGGAUAGCGCGGAGGAUAGCGCGGAGGACGACGACGUGGACGCGGACGCGAAGGCGGACUCUUCGGGAAAGAAGGGAAAGAAGGGAAACGAAAAGGAGAAGGGGAAGGGGAAGGGGAAGGAGACUCCGAAAAGAGAGAAGAAAGAGAAGAAGAAACCCAAGACGGAGGCGGAGCUGGACGCGGAGAUCGCCGCCGCGGCGGUGAUGAACGACGACGACGACGACGACGACGACGACGACGUCGACGCCUUUUUCGGAGCCGGACGCGCGUACGAGGGCGGCCCGUUGGAUCCGGACUUUGACCCGGACGCGACGUUCGACGAGGACGCGCUACGCGCGAGGACGCCGACGGAGCGAAGCGAAGACGACGACGUCGAGGACAUCGACUUCGGCGACGACGAGGACGACGACGACGGCCUGAGCGACGACGCGUCGAGCAGCGAGGACGACGAAAACCAGACGAAACGCCGCGACGUCACGGAGGCAAUCUUGAUUCCGAAGGGCGCCCCGAAGAAGGGCGGGAAGGCGGCGAAGAAGAAGAAGAAGGACGAGGACGAGGACGAGGACGAGGACGUCGGCGGGUUUCUCGGGAAGGGUGGCGGGAAGUCCGGCGGCGGGUCGGAGUUCAAGGGCGGUUUCUUCGGCGGCGGCGGCGGCGGAAAGAAGGGAUCGAAGCGGAGAUGA